AUGCCAGCAGUCAAUGGAUUAAAUGUACUGAAAGAAAAUGAAACGAAAAUGAAUCAAUACUUACGUUCUUUAUAUCUCAAAAAUAUAAUUGAACAAUCAUUAUAUUAUAGACUUCGGUCAACCAGUGCUUCACUUAGUGUUAUGUACGGUCAGCCGAAAGUACAUCGUAAUGGUUAUCCGUUAAGAUCUAUUAUUUCGUCCGUUGGUUCGUACAAUUAUGAAUUGUCAAGACACUUGGUACAAAUUAUUCAAAGAUAUCGUACUCCACCUCCAUCAUUUGUCAAAGACUCAUUUCAAUUCGUCGAAAGAAUCAAAAAUAUAGAUUAUGAGGAUGGUCAAAUUAUGAUAUGUGAAACGUGCGAACAAGGAUUACGAUCAUUUACAACGAAUUCUUCCCAAGACAAUCUUCUGGAAUACGAUACUGAAGAUCAAUCAAGCGAACAAAUCAAUAAUCAAAAUAUGUCUGACAAGAGAAAAGAUAUUUAUGUUCGAGUUGAUGGUCAACUAUUAUUUGACAAACAAGCAUCUGAUGAGCGCAAGAAAUCUAUUGCUAGAAGAAAAGCACUGGAUUUGCGUAAAUUACUUCAAAAUUCUGCAUGUCAAUCCAAUGCGAAGAAUGAUACGUCGAUGUCUUCUUCUUUGAACUGUUCAGAUAAUUCAUAUCAUUCUGAAUCUGCUGCAAUCAAUCAGAAAAACUUAGGAAAUCGAUCUCGUGCCGUAUUCGUCAGUGCAAAAGCCAAUCCAUCGUCAGAAUUUACAACGAACAUUAAGAAAAUAUCUGCAGUCGGUGCAUCAGCAACCGCAUUCGCAUCAAAGUCCAAAGGACAUGCAAAUGCUCUUAAUGUUCAUGCAAAAGGUGUCAAUGCUAGUGCAUCUGCAACUGCGGAUCGUCUUACAGCUUCUGCAUUAAAUGCUAACGCAACUGGACUCAAUGCUUCCGCUUCAGCAUCAGCAACUGCAGUACGUGUAAGUACUUUAAAUACCAAUGUAACUGCUGCAAAUGUUUCCGUUAGUGCAACUGCUGAUGGAUUAAGUGUUGCAACUGGAAAUGUCGGAGUAACUGGAGUAGACGUGGCUGCAUCUACUUCGGUAUCAGCAGCAAAAGUUCAAGUAGGAAAUAUUGAUGUGAACGGUGCAAGUGCUGGUGCAAGUAUGAAAGUUAACGGAGGUGGUGUUACCGCCGGAAAUAUUGCUAUUGGUGGACCCAGUGCUGCUAUAUCUGUUAAUAUAGAUGGUUCAUUAUCAUUUGGAAAUAUUAAUAUUGGCCUUCGACCAUCAUUAGAUAUUGGAUUGGGAUUGAAUCUUGGCAUUCCAUUUUUAAGUGGUACAAAAAUGGGAUCACAAGGUAAUGCGGGUGCUAAUAAUAGUCAACAGGUAGAUGGACAAGGUCAAAAUACGGGUGCAUUACAAAAAGCACAAGAUUACUUGUCAUCUAGAUUUCCGAACAAACGGAUAUAUAAAACACCUGUGGAUGUUUCUAUUCAACGAAAUAAAGAUGGUCAAGAAAUUGAUCCACUUUUACCUGACACUGCAGGUGAGCAAGCAGAUGUUGAUGGUUCUGCUGUUAACGAUGCUAUCCAACGACACAAUCAACUUGUUGCAGAAGGAAUGAAAUUUGCUGGAUUCAAGGGAUGUCCACCACCGAGUUCCACUACUAAUUUAUCUUCUACCCAUACUUCUAGCUCUGAUCCAGCUUGGGAAGGAAUGUACACGUCUCCUAGUCCUGAUGUUGCUGCUGGUUACGUUGGAAGUGACGACGGUCAACGAGUGGGAGAUAUUAAACGUGUUUACGUGCCUAACGAUGCUGGAGAUCUCUACUAUACUAAAACAGGAUUGGAGACACCUGAAGCUAGAGUGGCUGUGGAAAAAGUAAAAGAGCACUCUGGUGGCAAAUAUAUGUUCAGUGGACCUCAAGACUCAAAGAAUCCUGAUUUAUUUCCACCUGAACUUGUCAUCUCACCUUCUGUACGUGAUGAAGCAAAAGCUAAUGGAAAUUUAAAAUUUGAAGCCUCAGCACAUGUAGUUGAGCCUGAAUCUCGUCGAAUCGAACAAUAUCACCAAAGUGAGCUUGAACAUUCAAAAAUGAUUCCAGAUUAUUUGGUCAAUAUUAAAACUGCAGUUGAUUGUGCAAAAACUGGUGGUCGUGAACGACUUGCUCAUGUUUUCCAAGGUCAACCACCAUCAGGAUGCUACAAUAAUCCGACACCAGAACCCAGCGUCCAAUCAAAACAACCUGAGAUGAGUGAAGAAGAUAAAUUAUUAUUAGAAGAAUGUACAAAAGUAGGCGUCCAUCUAACAUCUGUCGAAUUGGAUCAUUGGAAGAAGAAAUUGAAGAGUGAUGCAGAAUAUGAACGUGAUGAAGAUUUAAGUACUAAUGGAAAUACUAAUAUGAAUACUAGUCAUCAAAAUGAAACUUCUAAAACAAAAGAUGAUGAAGAACUAGUCACAGAACCACCAAAACCAUGCAAAAAUCAUGCGGCUAAUGUUCGUUGCAUGAAAUGUACCCAAAACUCAUCUGGUCUCAGAAUUCGUCAAGUUCAUAACAAUAUCCAUGGUUUCAAUUUUAAAGAUUAG